AUGAACGACGAUAAGCUGAGCAGCCUCAUUCAAAAAAUAGGGCACACUAUAGAUGACAUCCGAGACAGGUCAAUGAUUAUGCUAAUACAAAAAUAUGAAAAAAGUAUAAUAAGCGAAACAGACUUUAAGAAAAGAAAUUAUUUUUUUGAUAUUAUUCUUCGAUACAUUAACGAUAGAAACAGCUCCAUUCCUCUGAAAGCGCUGAUCCACGUUUUGGACUUCGUUCGGUGCAUAAUAGAGAAGGAUGAAGAGGUCAAAAGCAAAUUCGAACAAUUCGGAAUACACACAUUCACCAAGGAGUUUUUAACCCACUUUAGAGAUAACGAAGAAAGGUACAAAAAGAAUAGUGCCGCCAAAAAAUUAAAUGUUGCACAGGACACAGAUACGUGCCUCAUAAGCUAUGAGCACAUGCAGAUGCAAAACAGUAACAAUGAAUACAACCAGGUGAUCAGAAUUCUGAUCCAGCUGAUUCGUGCAUACAAUGGGGAUAACCCAGACGACCUCUCAAAAUGGGACACUCAAGAAUAUGCAUCUAAGUUUGAUGUAAAUAAUGCCCCCGAUGAUCUAAGUAAUCCAAAUGGGGGGAACAAAAAUGGGGAGGCCGAACCACCGGAAGCCAAUGGGAAGGCAGACGAACAGGAAACGGUCCAAUACAAAAACAACAUAACGGAAAAGACAAGCGACAUGGUAGACUUAAAUAAAGAGGAAGUCCAAUACAAAGCUACAAGAAAAAAAAGCUCUUCCGUCGAAGAGCCGACAAGCAUUCACCCUCGGCUGAGGCAACACUCUCCUGAGAAGGCAAAGGAAAACACAAAAAAAAACACCGCAACGUUACACAACAAUGCAGAUAGCACACUUUCACAAAAGGAUCUCCUAAAUAUAAGCCAAAUAAUGAAAAAAAAUAACUGCAUAAACAUAUUUACAAAAAAUAAUUUUUCCAAAAGUGACGAUUUUGAGUAUUACAAUUCUUUAUAUGAAGCAAAAAAUGAAGUGAAUAAGCGGAGUAUAUAUUUGCUCCUAGCCUAUAAGAUAUAUAAGGCCAAGAAAAUAAGGGAAGGGCAUGCUAACCUGAACCAAGGAUCGGUACCUACACGGGGAACUACGCAAAGCUAUUACAAUUGUGACGAAUGUUAUUACGCACACAUUUUGAAUAACUACACAUUUUUCUACCUAUACAACUUCUUCGACUGCUUCGAUGUGUUCAGAAGGAACUUUCUAGACAUAAACGGAGUAGAACAUGCAGAACAGGCGGGACAGGCGGAACAAGCGAAACAGGCGGAACAAGCGAAACAAGCGGUCGAACGUGGAGACCCCAUAAAGGGGGAUCCGGGGAAAAACCAACAAGGUAGAAGCAAAGAAGGGGAAGAUUCCCUCGUGGCGUAUUUCACCUACCUAAAUAAUAAACACGUGUAUGACAAAAACAUAACCUACAAAAUAAAAAAUUACAUUAACAAAAUGAAUCUGCUGCAUUUCUACCUGAGCAUGAAGUUCAACUACUUCGAAUGCUUAGGGAUGAAUAUAAUCAAAAAAAUAAUAAGCAUAGACGACCUAGUUUAUAUGCACAAAGAAGUGAACAAAAUUUUAAAUGAAUAUAUUUACAUUUUCAAUAAAGACAUAUUUCUAUUUAACUAUAAAUUUGUAUACACGCUUAGUUACAAUAUUCACUAUAUUUACAAAAAUUACGUCGAAAAUAAUCAGGCAGAAAGUGAAUUCCAUCAUAUGAACAACCUUCUAAAUAGUCUAGCUUAUCUUAUUUUUAUAAUUAUUUAUAACCUUUACAUAAGUGUAACCCAGAGGGGGGGAUGUCUUUGCAACAGUAUCCACAAUAUCUACCUGAACAACUUCUUUUUCCUGAUUAACCAAAAUUUGUUCUACUUACUUUUGCUUCGAAAAGGAGGAAAAGGCUGCGACUCCCUCGGGGGAAAUCAAAUCGGUACAGAGUUCAAGUAUGGCCAUAAUAUGGACAAGAUGGACAGUGAAAAGGGGAAAGGCCCCCCCCAAUUGGCAAACAACGCAAUCAAGGAAGAUGGGACAAACGGAGAAAACAACGCAGAUGAGCUCAAUAGCAUAAACACAUUUUACCUAAGGAAGAACGAAGAGAGGGCGAUUCACAAAUCGGGGGACAGAACCACUGCGCAUUUCAAUGAGGGCGACACGUACUACUACUUAUUCAUAACGAAAAACAAUUGCGUCUAUUUUUUCAAAGUGUUAAUUUUCUUCAUGCUAGAAAUUUUAAAAUUUUCGCACUGCAAAAUUAGCAGCAUAAAAAAAAAAUGCACCACACUCAACUUCCACAUAGACAAUUUUGUCAUCAUUUACAAUUUCCUGUGUAACAUCUUAGAGUACUACUUUGGUGAGUCAGGUAAGCAGAAAGACUCACACUUGGAGAUCCUCAUUGACUACAUUGAAGAAAACAACCUGCAUGGGCGUGGAGAUAAAAAGGCAAAACAAAAUGGGGUCCCCGUUAGGGAGUACCUUUCAGAAACUUUAAGCAUCCACGAGUUGAACAGUUUUUCUUCCUCCUCUUCCAACUCCUCUAGCGAUUUAAAAAAAAACAAAUUUCAGAGCAUUGAUAUUUUUACUAAUACUACCCUUCGGCGUACUUACCAAUACAGCCCUAAACAAUUGGAGGUCCUGAAAAUCGUCUGUCUUUACAUAAACUACACCCCCGUGUCAUUCAUUUUGAUGAAGAAGAUACAACCCAAAUUAGUCGACCUGUUUAGACGGUUCCUCUUCGACAUGCACCUAAACACGCACCACUUAGAAUUGUUGCACUUUUUCAAAAUUUUUUUCUUCUUUUAUGACUACGAAAUUUAUAAGGAGUACAUCGAUCUCCUGUGUUAUUUUUACUCCUUGGCGAAUUUGUUUUUCGUCUAUCGUGGUGUUGGCGAUGGUGGCGGCGUUGGCGAUAUUGGCAGCGUUGAUGUUGACGGCGUUGGCGGGACUAGCUUCUUUGGCGGAGCCGCCUUCCGGUCAGAUAUAUCCACCUUCAUAAACACCAGCAAUAACAUCUCCCACUUUUUUUUCUUCGUCCCAACUAGUUACUCCGCCCUCAACGUCUUUCUUGAAAAGUAUCACGCAGCGAAUGCCGCAGCAGACCUAUCCCCUCCACAUGCCAACGAAAUGUUCUCAAGUCCGGCCGACGCAAAUAAUGAACCAUUUCAUGAACCCCUGGAGACAUUCAAAUCGCAAGACUUUUUCGAUUCCCCCAAUUUGGAGAAGAUGAGCAAAACGAUAGAUGAACACAACAGACAUGAAAGUUCGUCAUCGUACUGCAUAAAGCAAUUUUGCCAUAUUUUGCUACAAAUACGGGGAGACUUCAAAAACGAGCAGUGCAAAAAUAGGCAGUACAAAAACGAGUGGUGCAAAAAUCAAAUGGACAAUUUCACACAUCAAGAGUCGCUCCCAGUUAGCCGCGCACAAGGAGACUUCCCCCACUUCGAUGCCCAAUUUAUUGACAAAGUUACCCAAGUGCUGGUUGAAAACAGCCUCAGAAUGCUCUUUAAUUCGCUGUCUCUUCUAUCCUCUGAAUAUAACAACUUCACAAAUUAUGUCAAGUCGCAUAAACAAGAAAAAGGAUCCAUGUACCAAUUUAUUGUUAACAAGUUAAAGAGCUGCAAAAAUAAAAUGUACAUACUAACGUUUAACCACAACUUGGAAGGUAGAACGAAUGUCCCCAAAAAUGUCAAGUUCGUCGAACUGUUUAAAAACUUUGUCCUCCUCCUGCACAACAUCAUUUCGAUCAUGUAUAGCUACAACACGGAAAUUAUUUUUUUUUUUUUUAAUUUUAUUUUUAACAUUAAUUAUGAAAAGGGAUCCUUUGACAGCGAAAAUAAUGACCUAAGAGGGGAUCCCCAAAGGGGGGACUUGUCCUAUGGAGAGCUCGAUCAUAAUACCAUUUCUGACAAAAGCAUGGAAAGAGGAAACGUCUCCAAAAAUGCACACAUGGGAGAUUCUACCCAUUCACAGAAUGACCUAAUGAGCCAAAAUAAUCGCCACAGCGUAACCUACAGCCAUAGAGAGUCAAACCAACCCGAACAUCCCAAGGCGUAUCAAGACACGCAGUACAUUACCCCUAUAGUUGCUCAAAGGACAGAUCACCAUCUCCAAAAUGAGCAGGAAAAGCAUUUCGGUGAAGAAAAGGGAAAUAAUUUACUAGGGACAGACAGCUCUCAAGAAUAUGCCUGCAAAAAUGUGGGCCAAUUCGACCAGCACGAACCAACCAAGCGGGAAGCCUCCCAAACGGUGAACUCCAAAUUUGAUAGGAACAAUCAACUCUAUCUGAACAAUUGCUCGAAUAAUGACAUGCCUUGGGGAUCUACUCACCAUGGAGGGAAGACAAAAAACAAAUCUCCAGAUUUCUACACCCCCAAUUUCCAAAUCAACGAAUUCGUUGACAUCAUAUACGAACUGUGCGUAUAUAGCAAAAAGGAAAUAAGAAAUUAUUAUCUCUUUUUUAUACUCGAAAAUGUCAAGAAAAAAGUGGAGACCCUGUUUGAUUCCCUUAAGGACAAAGAAUGGAAGGAAAAAAAGAGGGUCUUGUCAAAUAUUAAGCUUUUCUCCAAAGUCCUCCUUUUUUUGUACUACUCUAAAAAGAAGUACAUACUCUUGCUAGAGCAGGGCGCUUACAGCUCGUUCAACUUUUUGUACGACCACCAUUUUGAGCCAAUCCUUGCGGGUAGCAACGGUGAUAGCGGCAACGGUGAUAACGGCAACCGCAACAUUGGCAACCGCAGCAAUGGCAACCGCAGCAAUGGCAACCAUAGCGGCGAAGUUCCCCGUGGCAGGGGGGAGAAACACGAAACGGAACAGAAAGCACUGACUAGCAUCGCCUACUUCUACAAGAACGUCUUCCUAAACGUGCACAGUUUGUAUUUCCUGCUUUUUCAAAGGAAGAAGAAAAAGAGGACCCUUUCUCUUAAAAUCAUGUGGAAAUUGCAUCACCAGUUUAGGCUAAAGUUCACCAAGUGGUGGGGCAGCACGAAGAAAGAUGCAUCACCAAACGGUACGAUGAAACGGGGGGAAAUACAAAGUGGGAUCGAAGCGAGACAAUAUAACAUUUGUGAAGAAAGCGAAACCACGUGGAAGUACAAAGAAGACCCUAUAAGAAGCCACCGACGUGAAUCCCCUCCAAAAACACAAAACCACCAGAACCAGUGCCAUAACACCUUUAGCUACUCAAACGACUGGAAAUUUAAUGCCAAUAUGUUAAAUAUGUAUAUAAGCCAUUUUGUACUUAAUCAUAUGCUUAGCGACGAAGAGGUUAUCAUUCAGGCGUUACAAAAAGUAGACAUGAAGACGGAGGAACUCUCCCUGAAUUUUUUCGACCACGUAAUGUCAUUUAUUUUGAAGAGAAAACCCAAAUUUAGAGCAGGUGACACUGGCGUAGAGAGCACUACAGAAAAUAAAACCCAAAGGGGGGAUCCAACCCACAUCGAUCAUUUCCUUCUCUCAAUUUACGAAAAAAUAAAAAGUUUGUACACAAAACUGAUAGGGGAAAUGUUAGCCAAGGAGCAAACCAGUACAUACAAUAUUGAAUCGUUUGUCUAUGUCCUAAAAAUACUAAUUUUGUUGAUCAUCACCAACUAUAGGAAUAGCAGCAUAUGCAAAAGAAUAUACAAGGAGAGGUACUUUUAUCUGUCCCACUUGUUUUGCUUCUUCUUUUACGAUAAUGAGAUUGUUAAAGCAUUGUCCAUCAGCUUGAGUUUCUACUUGAUAUUCGACCAGAACGUCUUGCUACUGAACAAGCACAGGAUAUUUCUCGAACCGCAUUUGCUACAAGAACAGAAAAGUAGAAAAGGUGAAAUGGGCUUAGAAAGGGAUGACUACUCUCCUAAUUGGUUAACUGAAGAAAUAAAAUCGCCUCAUCACAGCUGCACGAACAUGUUAGAGAAUUCUUUAAUUAAUGAAGUAAAGGUAGAAUAUAUGGAGGGGUACUACAAAGAGAGUCGAAAAAAUGUCAUUAACAGAUGUGGAGACGGAGAAGAUAUACUACAUUGGGAGGCAUCCAAAAAAUAUGACAACUUUUUUUUUAAUCUGCACAGAAAUAGAUACAACAGAAAAGACACAAGCAGGAAUAAAUAUAUUGAUAACGAAAUGCAGGCCAACCAGAUGGACGAUGUAAACAAGGCCUCAUUUCAUAUAGAGAAAAUUCUUCCUUCCCUUUUGGCUUUAUAAAAAACUGCAGCCAAAUAAUUUUCUGCUAAACGUUAAAAAGUUAAAAUCUUUUUUUUCUUCUCCACCAAAUAUUCCUACCUGCAUGCGUUCCAUGAUGCCAAAUUAAACCUGAAGGCAAAGGACUUAUCCUUUUACGGGAACUACAACGCGGGGAAUAUAUUCAGAUCAUACUUCCUGUUCAUUAAUAAGUAUUAUCAUUUGUCAAAAAGGGUGAGCAGUGUACCAGUUGGCAGUGACCCAGUUGGCAGUGCACCAGUUGGAAGUGCACCAGUUGGAAGUGUCUCUCAUCCUUUGACCCACAGAAGUAGCGAGCACUCUAUUUGGAGCAGCACCCUCGAAUCGAAUGGCAAAUUAGAGACUCCCAGAUUUCCCAUUGCGAAUGUGAAUUCUUUUCUUUUUUUAAAUGCCAAAGUGGAUAUAAAGCACACUUCCGAAAAUGGGUCCUCCUACGUUUCCAAUUUGAUAAAAGUGUUAAAAGUUCUGCCACCUAUAAACGACUCUGCAGAUAAAGAAACCAAAUUUUCUUACAUCUACAAUUUGAGCGAGUUAUUUUUCUACCUGAACAAUUGCUACAUGCAGUUACUGUGCACCGAAGGGGGGCACGCGCAUUCUGCGGAGGGGCGGGGCGCAUGCAACCAAGCGAGUUACGCAACAGGCGACGAAUCAGCCAAACGAGAUGAUGUUCAAGCCACAUCUACAAGCAGAAAAAGUACUCACAAUGAACCAACACAAAAGAAUAAUGGCGCCAAUUCGAAGGCAAGAACCACCCCAAACAAGCAGACACAUUACCUCCUCCAGAGUGACUACGAUGAAAUGGUGAGUGCCAUAUAUUUUGUUUACAGCACCAUUUUUCCGUAUAUUAACAAGCUUCUUUUUUUCAUGUACAACAAGUUGACAAUAGAUAAGAAGGGGGAAGCUGGGCCGAACAGUGUGGGGAAUGAAACAAGCGCAAGCGCCAUCAUUCAUGCGAACAUGCUGUUACUGAAACAUUUAAUAACCCUCUUCGAUGUAUGCCUCUACAUACAAUUAAUACUAGAGAAAAAGGGACACAUGGAAGGAAAAAUCAACCACCUAGACAAUAAUAUAGAUCUUUCCCUUUUCGUCUACAAAUUGCUGUUCAUAUCAGUUGCUACAUCAUCCUUGAAGAAUAAAAUUUCCAGCUUUUCUCUCAACUUGCUUUACAAUUUUGUUCAUCUGGAUGAUUACUACAUUAGGAUAAAGAAUAACUGCCAUGAUAAUCUCUCCAUUGAUGCUGAUCGGAUAGGAUGUACGAACCCUACAGUUAGAAACGACCACCUUGAUGAUAGCAACUUCAACUUGCUGGACACAGAAGGGGGAAACCCCAUGCUGCUCAAAGAGCAGCAACGCAUAAGAAGUAAGCGAAUGGAGAAAAGGAAAAACUUAUCCAUUCUGGUCAACUUUCUUUUCUUCAUACUUUCGAAAUAUAGGAAAAAAAAAAAAAAAAAUUAAACAAAAGAGAGUCAACUCAGACAAACUCAGACAGCAACGUCUACUCCAACAUAAUAAAUAUGUACGAAAUUGAGAAGACCAUCAAUGUAGAGAAUGUCACAUUUCAGAACCACGAACAGGAGUAUCUCAAAUUGGACAUUUACUUUAUGAAAAACGUUUUAUCCAUGCUUCACGUAGUUUUGAGGCGGGGCUGUUUCUUUGACCUGCACUUGAUCAAUGAAGACAUAUUACGCAUAAGCAUGGACGUGCUAAUGCACCAUGAUUGCGAGGCAUUCACACAGGGGAAGGGAGACCACCAAACGAGAUUAGAAGCUACUUUGGAAGCCCGCUUAGAAGAGAAGGUAGAGGGGGAUAAUACGACCCACCCACGAAACGACACACAGAAAAGCGAAAACAAAAAUGUUGGGACAUACCCCAAAGGAAGGACAAACUUGCGCAUCUUCAAACGAGUCUUCCUAAACAAAUACAUGAGCACGCUGAUCAACUUCUGCAACAUUUACAACGACAUCAUUAUCGAAUGUUUGCAUGUCCAGCUGCUACUCCUUUUUUUCAAGUAUAUCCUCCAAGUAUUAAAGUACGAAAUAUGGAAGCAACACUUUUUUAAAGAUUCCCACAGCUCAAAGCAACAUAUCUUAGUGCAUUUUCUGAAAUACUACAAAGCGGACAAGGAAGUGUGCAAAUUUUUAAAAAGAACCUAUUUUGUCAUUUUAAAAUAUGCAAUAUAUAUGCAGAAUAUUCGGAUUUGUGAAGAUGUGCAUAUCCCUUUUAAUGGAGGGAAAAAUAUUUCAAAGGAAAAAAACACAGACACCAGCGUGGAUCAACAGAACGGGUUGAUCAACAAACACAACUACCUACUGAAGGAGGAAGAUAUUUACAAAAAUUACUGCCAAUUGUUUUACGAGUACACAAUAAGUAAGUUUAAAAAUUGUGUUUCCAUCGAUCAGGACGAAGCAUAUAUGUAUCCAAGUGACCACUAUGAUGAAGAAGAUGACUCUAUCAAAGGAAGAAUUUACGAACAUCAACAGAAUCAAGUGGCCAACUCCAACUACGUCUCCAUGAUUGAUAUGUACUGUCCUCAAUGUGAAGAAAACAAAAUUCUAUUCCUAUCCAUUGUACUAUUUCUGAGCUUUUUCUUAGACAACUUCCCUUUUUUUUUCUGCCUAAAUGGGAACGUCAACCAUUCUGGUGAAUCGAAAAAUCGGGAGCACAAUCCGAAAGAUAAUAUCACAAUCUUGUGUGAACGUAUUUUCCACUACCUUGGCAAAAAAAACAUCUACACCAAUUUCUACAUUUUAAAAGAAGCCAAACUGUUUGAGAAGUACUUUUUUAAAAUAUUCUUGAAAUUAUUAUUCUGCAAUGAGAGGGAAACAAUGAAUAACUUGCAAAAGUACAAAAUAUAUUUUUACAACAGAAAACUUGAAUCGGCUCACCAGGGUAGGAAGAUCGGCAAGACAGCUGAAAACAUGCGUGCGUCAGGUAUAACGGAAAACCAAUCGAUCAAACUCACAAAUAGCGGUGACAACAAAAAGGAGAAAGACAGUGAUAGCAAAAACUGGGGCAAACAAAUGGGCAGACCUAUCUCUGAUGAUGAGGGAUAUACUCACCACCUGGACGAAGAAGGGAGUCCCAUAUUCACACAAAACAUAAGCCAUGAUAAUCAAUUUUAUCUAAAUCAUUUCCUCAACUACUUCUUACUUCAAAAGAAGAAAAAAAACGACUUGGAACUGAUAUAUGACAAAAUUUACUACUAUAUCCUCAUCGUCAGCAUGUGCUUCAAGGACCGAAACUUCCUAGCCUUGUUGCUGCCCCAAAAUGAGAACUUCUUCCCAGAAUUCAACCAAAUGAUACAGCACUAUUUGAAAUACGUUUUAAAAAACAAACAAGAAAUAAAAAAAAAAAAAAAAAAUAGAAGUCAUGAUUCAUAACUUGUUAUAUAUAUUCGUCUCCUACAUAUACAUAUACCUGAACGAACUUUACAACAUUUUUUUCACUCAAAUAAAAAAUGUACUCACCCUGCCCUCCUUUUUUCAAAACAUCAUAUAUGUGGAUAGCAAAGGGGGGGGUCUAAAUGGCGAGAAAAUAAUUAGCACCCCCAUCAAAGCAGAGAACACAUCGGUAGACGCCCUUUACAAUACAUUAAUAACGAUGAAGAAAAAGAAUUGGAACAAAAAUUUAGAAAAUUACACGGACCAAAAUAUAAAAAAUGUAGUAGUUCGCAACAUUUUUCACAAUAACAAUAUAUACUUAUUCAUUUUGUACAUCAUAAAUGAUAAUAAAUACAACGACAAAAGAGAAGGUGGAAGCAGAGACGAAAAAAAAUUACUCAAUCGGAUGGUGUCUUCCCGUUAUGAGGAAAAUCACCAAAGUGACAGCCCAGAACCUCAUCAUCUAGAUUUUAAAAAAAAUGAUAAAAUAUUUUUAAACAAAAUUACCACCAAUAUUGUCCUAUUUUUCCUUUUAUUUUUUUACGAUUACUACUCAUCCAAUUACGAAAUAAAGGAAAACAUCCUCAUGCAAAUUGCGAGACAUAUCUUGGAGCAUUUCGCCACCUUCUACAAUUCUGACCUCCUGAACAUUUAUUUGAAGUACGUGCAAAUGAUCAAAACGGCUAACCUGAAAAGGAAAAAAACGCAGCUACCUGGGCAGUCGCUAUGCCGAAUAAAUCGGUACUUGAAAAAGACGGCGGGGGGCAGCUCAUGCCAGGAGACCUCUGCCCAGGGUGGUAACAGUCAGCGCGAGGGAAAAAUAUGUUCCUCUCAACAGAAAAAUGUGAAGUGUUCUCGCGCGAGUAUGGCCCUGGCCAGGAUAAGGGAAGAGGGACGCAAAAAGAGGGGGGAAACGCAGAAAGGGGAGGUCAAGCGGGGAAACGCAAAACUGGAAGAGAAGAAACACGGAGAAGACGCUCACGGAGAAGACUCUCACGAUCAAGAUAAGUACGAUAAUGAUAAGUACGAUAAUGAUAAGCACGAUAAAGAUUCGCGCUACGCUGAGACCUGCUCCCCUGGGGAGGAUCCCCCCCGCGGAACCCAAAACAAACCAGGAGAGCCCGGGCAAGCGCCCCAACCAGACAUACAACUAAUUAACACAGUAGUGGAAAAGCUGAAAAGAAACAAAAAACUGCUAUUCCUGUACACCAUAAACUGCUUCAGAAUAAUACAAACGUAUAGCAACGUCUCCUCGCUAAUGUUUAAAUAUAAAUAUAUAUCGACCCUCCUGGAGAAGCUUGCAUACUUGACGGACAAAAAUGUUGUAGAAUCUGUUUGGAACGCAUUCCAUUUCUACCUGAACAGCAAUAAUAAAAGUGAAAUAAAUGUUUUCAACGAAAAAGGCAUGUCACAGGUAGAUAAAGAAAUUGGGUAUCUCUCCUACAUGUACAUAAACUACUUCUUCAAUUUUUUGUCUUGUUUUAUCCUAUAUGACGUGGCAACGUUAUACAAGUUUUGCUCGAACAUGCUAAAUUGCUUGGACAUGCUGAACACUCACUUAAAGGAACUCAUGGAGAAUAAAAAGGGCACAUACCUCUGCUCCGUUAUUUUGAAAUUUUACCUGACCAUAACUAACUCCUACUUCUUUGACUUUUCCCUGUAUGAUAAUGCGAUCGGCGCGGUGAACCACGAAAGGGGGACAAGUCACACCCCAGAAAUGGACCCCCCACAGGAGGACAUAACGAAACACCUUAUUGACAGCUUGAGAAGCAAGAAAAGACAAUACAAGGGAGAAAUAACCUACUUCUUGUGCGUUAAAAGGUUGAGUAGCGAAUUUUGUAGGAGCAAAUUUCUGCACUUUUUAAUUAACUACGUUAUGAACAACCUUGGUAAUAACGUGAACAAAUCAAAGGUGGAAAUUGAACAGAACAGCCACCUAAUCUGUCUGAUUCUCCAGUUAUUGAGUUACCAAAUAAUUUUUAUAGAUAACAAAAACGAAGUUUUAAAGCUCGCUAAUGUGUUAAUUAAAUACAUCAAGAAGAAGGACCCUUGUCUACUGACGACGUACUAUAUAAUCCUAUUUUUUAAUUCAUGCUUUAUCAACUCAUCCUUGGACGAGAGAAUAAUAACAUUGCUAUUCAGUUUCGAAAAAAAUGACAACAUAUGGUUUAACUUGAUAUUCUUGCAAAACAGUAAAAUCAAAAGAAGCAAAGAAAUAUUACUCCUAAUCAAGUUCUCCAUUUUACACCUCUACCUGCUAUUGCUAAAAAAUAAAAACUCUUUCAAAAAAUGCAUCCUGUGCAUUUCUGGUGACUUAAACAUAUACUUCGUUUUCAUAUACGUCCUCAACGAGAUAUAUGAGUACUUCAAAAGUUGCAACUUCGAAUGGAGUGCAUUCCGAGCAACGAAGAUAAACCAGCAUGAAAACAGCAAAAAUGAAAAUGCUAAAAGGGACAAGCAUAACAAGUACUUCUACCUCUACGCAGAGCUGCUUGUUAUCGUCACAGAAAUGAUUAAAAUCAUGAACAAUAAUGAUGUCAAUAAAUACAUCACCAUUCACCAUAACAAGGAGAAAGACAACCUCGUCGUGAAAUUUAAAAAUUUGUAUAGAAAAAUAAAAAACGAAUUAAAACAGUUCGACCAAUCAAUAAAAUUAAUUAAGUACCUCAUAUUUAUUCACCCCCUCAUGAUUAACAUUCAUGCACUGCACAAGUUCUACUUAUGCUUAUACAUAAAGGAGUACCACUACUUCCACAAGGAAUUUUUUAAAUACGAUCUGUUCCUAGUAGACUAUUUGAACCUACUUCGGGACAAAAGGAAAGCGAAAAUCUCUAACACGGGGGUGACUCAACGAGGUUCGGAAGCCACACAAACAGGGGAAAUUUCUUCGGAGACAGUCCAAAACCAAGUACGGCAUUUUUCGCAUGAUGACAUCACCAAAAAGGACAAUAAAGAUGUUUCUCCCCAUGCAUUAGUAGAUGACGCACAAAAAAGGAUCAACUUCGAGAAAGAUAAUAUUAUGCACUUUUAUUUUUUUUUCAACACUCCAAAAAAUUAUAAUUACCAAGUCGACAAUUUGUGUUCUUCCAUCCUUCAAAAUGAGUUUCAGGAAACCAAAGCGAUAGUUCUGACACCCGUUUGCAAUACAACACUGAUCAGAUUAAGAUAUAUUCUGAUUACAUUCAUGGCAGUGUUAAUUAUGCUAUUGAAUUUUUUAGUUCCUUCUGAUUUAGUGGGGAAGACGGCUGCGAAAAUGGCCUAA